AAGUAAAUUUUCACAAACCCUGAAUGGAAUUCCUUCUUCAAACACAGUCAGCAGUGGAAUGGACCCCUUCCACGCUUGCAGUAUUCUUCAGCAACUUAAAACAAUGUAUGAUGAAGGACAGUUGACAGAUAUUGUAGUGGAGGUGGAUCAUGGGAAAACAUUCUCCUGUCAUAGGAAUGUUCUUGCUGCAAUCAGUCCUUAUUUCAGAUCUAUGUUCACUAGUGGCCUUACAGAGAGUACACAGAAAGAAGUUCGUAUAGUUGGUGUUGAAGCAGAGUCGAUGCAUUUAGUACUGAACUAUGCAUAUACCUCGAGAGUAAUGCUGACAGAGGCCAAUGUUCAAGCUUUGUUUACUGCAGCUAGUAUCUUCCAGAUCCCUUCCAUACAAGAUCAGUGUGCUAAAUAUAUGAUAAGUCAUUUGGACCCACAAAACUCUAUUGGAGUGUUUAUCUUUGCUGAUCAUUAUGGUCAUCAAGAACUCAAACACAGAUCGCAAGACUACAUUCGUAAAAAGUUUCUGAGUGUCACCAAAGAGCAAGAGUUUCUCCAGCUGAGAAAAGACCAACUGAUAAGUAUACUGGACAGUGAUGACUUAAAUGUAGACAAAGAAGAGCAUGUUUAUGACAGCAUUAUAAGGUGGUUUGAACAUGAGCGAAAUAAAAGAGAAGUGCACCUUCCAGAAAUAUUUGCCAAAUGCAUCCGUAUGCCUCUGUUGGACGAGACAUUUUUAGAGAAAAUCCCUCCCAUGUUUGCACAGGCUAUAGCCAAAAGCUGUGUACAGAAGGGACAACCUAGUGCCAAUGGCUACACACAACGGCUUGGAAUGACUGCAUCUGAAAUGAUCAUAUGCUUUGAUGCUGCCCACAAACACUCAGGAAAGAAGCAAACAGUGCCUUGUUUAGAUUCGGUCACAGGGAGAGUGUUUAAACUAUGCAAACCACCAAAUGACAUGAGGGAGGUUGGAAUUCUUGUAUCACCUGAUAAUGAUAUUUACAUUGCAGGGGGUUACAGGCCAAGCAGCAGUGAGAUCUCCAUAGACCACAGAGCAGAGAGUGACUUUUGGAUGUAUGAUCACUCUGGCAAUAGAUGGAUACCUAAACCUCCUUUGUUGCGAGCCAGAAUAGGCUGCAAGUUGGUUCAUUGCUGUGGUAAACUGUAUGCAAUAGGUGGUUGUGUUUAUGAAGGAGAUGGGCGAAACUCGCUAAAGUCUGUGGAAUGUUAUGACAGCAGAGAGAACUGUUGGACAGCUGUCUGUCCAAUGCCUGUAGCAAUGGAAUUUCAUAGCGCUGUGGAGUAUAAAGAUAACAUCUAUGUUUUACAGGGAGAAUUUUUCCUCUGCUAUGAUCCUCAGAAAGAUUACUGGGGCUUUUUAACCCCAAUGACUGUGCCUAGAAUCCAAGGCUUGGCAGCUGUAUACCAUGACUCCAUCUACUACAUAGCUGGAACCUGUGGAAAUCAUCAGCGUAUGUUUACCGUAGAGGCCUAUGAUAUUGAACAAAAUAAGUGGACUCGAAAAAAAGACUUCCCAUGUGAUCAGUCUAUUAAUCCAUACAUUAAACUUGUGCUUCUCAAAAAUAAACUCCAUUUGUUUGUCAGAGCUACUCAAGUCACUGUUGAAGAACACGUUUUCAGAACCAGCAGGAAGAAUUCACUAUAUCAAUACGAUGAGGUUACUGACCAGUGGCAGAAGGUAUACGAGACUCCAGAUAGGCUCUGGGAUUUAGGCCGGCAUUUUGAAUGUGUUGUUGCUAAAUUGUAUCCACAGUGUCUUCAGAAAGUUAUUUAAUGUUAUUUGGUAACAGGCCUUAGUGAUUUCAGUGGUAUCUGAUGCUAGAGAAAACAUGUCUUAAAAGAAAACAAAGACAUUCUGUCAGUAUUUCAUGUGAGCUGAAACAGACAGUUUUUUUGUAUAUGGGGAUGGGUGCUCUUUAAAGGUUGCAGUCUGGGGAGGGAAUUCAUUCAAGUGUCAUACUUGCUGAUAUUUUCCUGGGAAAUGAAAAGGAGGUUACAAAGUGCAAUUAUCAGCAUUUUUUCUGGUAAACACUUAAUCAUGUCAUUCUAGAGGGGUGUUAUAGUAAUAAAGGCAAACUAAAAAUAGAAGAGCCAGGAUAACUAUGCACUACAGUGAAAGAAAAUCUAGCAUUAAUAGCUAAGGAUGUCCAAGCUAUUUUGAAGUGACUUUUUUUUUUUUUUCAAUACGGGUAAAAUCUGAGGCAAUAUCACUAAGUCUUUAUUUUAGAUUGACAGAAAAGAGAAAGAGAGGAAUACUAGAUCCUGAUUCAUAAUUAUCUUUUUUUGUACUGCUUUGAAGUUUAUUAAAAUGUUCAUAAUGUUGUCUGUGCACUACAAUAGUUUGGGAGAAAUAUUGAAGUCGGAAGCAGAACAUAAAGUAUCUGCCCAAAAAACAGAAGACCUGUUUUGGAUUACUGUACCAUUUUCCUAACUGUGGGUUUUUGUUAAAAUCAAGCUAAUGGUAUAAAAAUAGCUAUCCUCUGCCAAUUAAAUGUAGUGCUUGAAAAGCGUUUUUACAUUGCUUAAACAUUGGUCAUCCCUUUAAGGGCUUUAACCCCAAAGUUGAUGGUGCUAGUAUAUUUUUAAUACUUGUAUGUCUGAAAUGGGCUAACUCUCCACUGCUCUUUAAGACAACCUGCUAUUAAUGGAAACAGUCUUCUUGGAGUCCUGUCCUCUAAAUGUGCAUCCUCUUUUUACUUACAUUUUCACUGCAGUGGAAGUUCUUGUAGUGUGAUGACAGGAUAUGACCUUUUGGCUUUGUGGAGAGCUCCUUCUGCCUCUUGUAAAGUAUAGAACUAUGUGCAGUGUUUGCACAUGCUCUGAUAAUACUGAGUUAAUUUGAUCAUUCUUUUCUCCCUGCCCAAUCUCCCCAGUCACUUUUUACUGUUCUGUUAUGACCUGUAAUGUGAAAAUUUGCACUACUGAGCUGUCUUUGUGAUUCAAUUUAUUAAAACAAAGUUGACCGUAGAUAUUCAUAGUUUAAAGGAAUCUUAGAUGCAGGUAUAGAUUAUUAUCACAUUUGUUCUAUGUAUGGAACAUCUAACUUAUUUUUUUAAUGGGUAACUAGGUUUAAAGUUUAGCCUCUAUGUCAGUAGUGAAAACUGGAUAUAAAAGGGAAAAGGUUAAUCCUAGAACUCAUAUCACUAUAUAUUUCAGGUUUAAUCUGUUACAGAGCUUAUUCUCUCCACAACUACAUGUGGUUUGUUGUCUUAGAUAUUUAACUAAAUUUAAUUUCUCAGAUUAAAAUAAUGGUCAGCCCUUGCUAUAAAUGCUUACCAUUAUCUGGCUUAAGAGCUGAUAUUUCAAUAAGCCAAAUAUGUAGCUCAGUAGUAGUUUAUCCCCUGGCAUGCCUAAGAGAACACUGAUUCAGUGUGUGGUCUAGUUAUCCCCCAAUAGGGUUUUCCUUAUUUAAGGAAACAGUCAUCUGGUUUUGAAUCGUAAAUCUUGCACAAAAAUAUUUAACAAUAAAAACAAUUUAAAGAAACUGUGAAACUAAAAGAAAAAAAAAAUGCCUCUCUGCAUUACAUACCUCAUCUUCCAGAGAUUCACCAAACUUUUUUUUUAGGUGUGGGUGCUGGAAUUUCCCUGAAACAAAGUUUGUUUGACAGCAUUUGCUAAGAUUGUGUUUUUAAAUAAUCUUGAGGUGUGUGGUUUUUUGUUAUGUUUAGUUUUUUUUAGGAUAGUUUAUCCACAGCCAACAAUAAGCAUUUUUUUUGGUACAACUACUUUUAUUUUCUAAAUCUUCUCUUUAGAGUAGCUAGCUCUGUUUGAGCUGUUGUACACCUCUAGCUGCAAGCUUUCUGAAGCACCCUCCCUCACAGUGUUGCAUUAGUGUGUAAAACCAACUUUUUUUGCGAAGUGUUAUGUAAAAUUUUCUUGUUUUUAAAGCUUGGUUGAAUAUUUACAAGAUUUCUUGCUGCUUUUUGACAAUCUUCUAUAUUUAUUUAGUAGAACAAAUUUCAAUAUAUUACUUGAAAAUAUGAAAUAGAACUGAGUUAGCAAUUGACUGGUCAUGUGCUGUCUAGAAGUACAAUAUGCUGUGGUUAAUUCUGCAGUAGGUUUGUUAAUUUUGUUUAUCUGCACUAAAAUAUGAGGAUCUCCAUUGUGUUUAACCAUUCAAACUAAGGGUGUGAUCUAAGACAGUAACGUGUUUAAAAGCUAAAACCUGGAACUUGUCAAGGGAGUAGACUAUAUUGAAUCUUUUGCAUGAAUAAUUUGUUGAAACUAACAUAGCUGUGAUAUUUUGCCACUUCUUAAAUGCUUUAAAAAUUUUGGAAAGUCAGAUUCCUCGUCAGUUGUGCUUUAAAAUCAGACUUUUAAGAGUCAGUUUGCACAACGUGAGAACAAUUAAUUAACACUGCACCAAGGGUACUAGUAAUUACACAGAGCUCUGUACGUUCUCUCUGCCUGUGUGAUCCCUCUGCUCUGGGUUAGGCUGCCUUUAUUAAAUUGACAAAAUGUAAAGGACCAAGUAAGUGGAAAUCUUCCUCCCAAAAAAUCUCUCAGAAUUAUUUUGGAAGAAACUUAAUUGUUAACCCCCGUUUUAUUCUAAAUGUUAUUGCUGAUUUAAUAGCUAAAAGUGAUCCUGGUGCAUCAGACGUAGCGUGUGUGUGUUCUGCAAGAAAUGUAAGAGCUCCCUGUUUCUUAAGGCUGUUUAGAAAUGGCAUCCAACAUUCAGUGCUCAGGUAUGUUAGUAAGAAGUACUGUAGUCCUAUGACGGCAAAUGUGUGGAUUUUUAAACAUUUUGCCAUAAUUGCACAAUUUUGCAUUUUUACUUAAUGUCAUGUUACGUUUCUUAAAAUAAACCUAUUGUUGAAAUAUAA